UUGAAGGAGUGGAUUAAGGAUUACCCGCGAACACUCUCCGGCCAUGCCCGAGUGCUCGCGAUCGCCGACCUGUUGGGAAGCGGUGGAUUCAGAGAUCGAGAACAGCAUAGUCUUGGACCGAGAAAGGGAGCACAGACUAUACGUUUACUUGCUGUUCGACGUACGGUCCCUGUAUACGACAGAGAUCUUGUUCGAUCCUCUGCGAGAUGGGGUUUGCCGACCUAUGCUGCAGUAGGAGGAGGCGGGUUAUCUAGCAAUAGUUUGCCGGGGAAUAAGGAAUGGGGGAGGGUGUCCCCGCCUGUACAGGUACCACAGGGUAACAUUAUUAGUAAUGGUGGUGGUAGGGACAAAGGAAAAGGAGGGAAAAUGCCUGUGAGGUAUUCUGACAAUUAUCGAAAGAAGAUGAAUAUCCCUCCGGGAGUCGAGCCUGGGUCUUCCCCGUAUGCUCCUCCGUUAUCGUCUCUCUCGUCAUCCUCUUCAUCCUACUCUUCCUAUUCCUCGUAUUCCUAUGCUUCGACAUCAAGUCCUUUGACGAGGUCUACCUCAUCAACUUCUACGUAUUCCUUCCAGGGCUCCAGUCCUCCUACAUCAUCGUCUCCUACAUCGCCUUCUACCUCCCAUCAUUCUUCCCAGUCAUCCCGAUUCAAAACCCUAUCAGAUGCUCAUUGGGGUCAAUUCGAGACAUCCGGUUUCCUUUCGCCUCCUAGUUCAUCCGCGCGAGGCAGCAGAGAUAUCGAGAGUGCACUCAAAUUUGAUCUCACUGAAAGUGCACGAAAAGCCCGGACAGCUAAAAGAGGAAUCCGAGAUUCUGUCGAUUGGGGGGAUUUCGUGAAUGGUGGGUUUGAUUUGAGUGAACAAAGGAGGAGUGGGGGUGUGAGUCCGGUGGCACUUUCGUCGUCGACUAACUCCUCGCAUUUGAAUAACAAUGGGUAUGGUUACGGUGCAGGAGAUGAUCCAGAUAAGAGCUACGUUGGGGCAGAUGGAAGAUUAACCGAUGUAGGUGAAUUCGCAUUGGAUACGGGCCUUGAUGCUGCCUUGCAAUUCAACCUGAGUGAAUUCGGGAUUAUCGGGUCAGGUAAAGAUAGAGAUAAAGACGGGAAGGAAGGGAAGGAAGUGAGAGGGGAAAGAGAGAGAACCAUUACUGGUGUCAGUUUGGGGAAGAGGUUGAAAAAGAAGGAAAAGGUAUGCUUACAUUUUCUUUUUUUUACCUUCUCAAAGUUGACGGCUUGCUCUUUUCUGCCUCUUCUCUCACCCUUUGCCCUUUCUCCUCCCUCUUCCCUGUGACCCUUUGUCAUCUUUUCUUUGUGCUCUCUUCCUGCAUCACUCCCUAUUUCACCUCAUUUUUUCACCUCUUUCACAAUGAAACGCACGAUCACAAAAAAGCCCCUCCCACCAUUCACCUAUGAC